AUGACUAUCGACGCUUCCGCUUCUACUUCUCUCUUGGAGAUGUUCAGUCUCAAGGGCAAGGUUGUCGCCGUCACUGGCGCUUCUGGUCCUCGUGGCAUCGGUACUGAGGCUGCUCGCGGCGUCGCAGAAAUGGGCGCUACCGUUGCCAUCACCUACUCUUCUCGCAAGGAGGGUGCUGAGCAGAACGUUGCUGAUCUCAAGAGCAAGUACGGCAUUGAGGCCAAGGCGUACAAGUGCGACGUGAGCAAGUGGGAGGAAGUCGAGGCCUUUGUCAACGAGGUCAUCAAGGACUUUGGCAAGAUUGAUGCCUUCAUUGCCAACGCCGGUGCCACUGCCGACUCCGGUAUCAUCGACGGUUCCGCGGCCGACUGGGACAGAGUCAUUCAGAUCGACCUCAACGGCACCGCAUACUGCGCCAAGGCUGUUGGAGCUCACUUCAAGAAGCAGGGCCAUGGAUCCUUCGUCAUCACAGCCUCCAUGUCCGGCCACAUUGCAAACUUCCCCCAGGAGCAGACCUCAUACAACGUCGCCAAGGCCGGUUGCAUUCACAUGGCCAAGUCGCUAGCCAACGAAUGGCGCGACUUUGCCCGCGUCAACUCAAUCUCUCCCGGAUACAUCGACACUGGGCUGUCAGAUUUCGUCGGCAAGGAGACGCAGCAGUUGUGGAAGAGCAUGAUUCCUAUGGGUCGUGAUGGUCUGCCUCACGAGCUCAAGGGCGCAUACGUUUACCUGGUCUCUGACGCCAGCACAUACACCACCGGUGCUGAUAUUGUCAUUGAUGGUGGUUACGUUUGCCGAUAA